AUGUCCACAGCUGAUGUUAUCGCUGGGACAGGAGGACUAGAUGCCUCGAUCAUCCACGAGUUGGAUCGUGCGGAGAAUGUGGGCAACGCUUUCUCGGAGACACGGGAUAGUUUCUCGGGGUUAGUGACAACCAGGUCUUCUUUGGCAGACCUGUUUGCACUCGGCGCCGUUUUCGCUAUUGGAGCUUGCUCCAAUGGUACCAUGAUCAUCCCUCUUCGUGCGGGAAGGAUAGAUGCCAGAGAAGCGGGACCAGCAGGCGUCCCUGAACCGCAGCAAGACCUCGCCACCCACACCGCAACUUUUGCGAGGCAAGGUUUCAAUGCCACUGAGAUGAUUGAACUUGUGGCGUGUGGACAUACCAUUGGUGGCAUACAUGGCAUUGAUUUUCCUGAAAUUGUCCCGUUUGUGCCUAAUGACGAUCCGGACGAUGAGCAUACCGAUCCUUUCGACACGUCACUUCGCUUCUUCGAUAGCAAGGUAGCCACCGAGUUUAUUAGCAACACGACUAAGAACCCCCUCGUAUCUGGAGCAAACGUCACUACUCGAUCAGAUGAGCGCAUCUUUAACUCGGACGGCCGUGUGACCAUGAGAAAGCUAGCCGAGUCUAACGACUACUUCACAUCAAGAUGCAGUGUCCUGCUAGAACGUAUGCUGAAUACAGUACCAAAAGAAGUGGUUCUCACUGAGCCCAUCGACUACUACCCCGUAAAACCUCGAGCAGCCCAAGUUGACGUUGACGCGGGUCAUAAGGGUGCGUUGUGCCAUUAUUAUCCGAACAGGAUGUUGAAAGAAAUUUGUGCUGGCCCACUAACAACCAUUUUGGCUACGUCUCAGGUCGAGGAUGCCUUACUUACAAGCCCCAAUACCCAAGUCCGACUUCAUUUCAUUCCUCGAAAUGCCUCCCACUGCUCGGACGCGUCACCCUGGAGCGUCACUAAUGGCAUCUCAGGCAACUUCAAACAUUCUACCUGUGUAUACGCAAAAUGUCCUGCAACCUUUAGCUUUUUCGAGUACUCGUUGGUAGUUCCCUCUGCACAAGGUGCUUCGUCCUUCGUGGUUGAGAUUGUCGAUGGCGACACGGGAGCUUCAGUGAUCUACGACAAUAACGGAAACGGCUUUCGCACUGGGGAAUCGCUUCAGCCUCAAUACCAGUUAUCGACUCAGGAAACCUUUCUCACUACCGGCCCGGACAAUACACUCAUUAGCAAGCAACAGCUCAACCUAACUGUAGCAGUGUUGAAUGCCGAGCAGUUUACCAAUGUUACCGCCAUAUUUUACGAACCCAAGAUUCCAGACAUGACUACUGGAGGCUGGAAUACAGAGCCUGUAGAGUUGACGUUGUCCCGAAAGGUCGAGGGUACAGACUUUACUUACUAUACGACUUCAUACACACGUAGUUUUGAGGGUGCCAUAGGCGCCCACCCGUUCGAUCUUGUGGCAACAGGACCGGGGGUAAGCGUCUCGAACGAAUUUAUCGACUGGAGUGGGUUUACGUCGAUCAUGUAA